AAAAGUUUGCCUUUCACGGGAAAAUUUUUUCAUUGCUUACACACUUGGCUUAUGUGAAAUACGUGUGCGUGUGUUUGUGUGUGGAGCCAUGAGUGAGUCGAUGUGAGUACGGCUCCGCUGACUGUUCGUUUUCCACUUUGUGACCAUUUUCAUUCGCCUUGUGCUUUGUGUUUUGCUUCCGAGAAGUCUCGAAAAGUGUGAUUUGUUCGUGCGGUAGGUGCCUAUGGCUCGUCCGUUCGGCUGGUUGAUCAUUAUUCGGUAGUGUGUAAAAUAAAAAUCUUCAACAAAUUUUACUAGGUGGAACAAUCUGGUCUGAAACGAAUUAAGAUAUUGAGUAAUAGUGAUUAAAAUCUUAAUAAGACAAAGUGAAACUUCAAUAAAUAUUCACAUUCAUACGCAUAGUGCAGUGAAGUAAAAAACUAAAUUAAUACGGAUUACAAUGAAUAAUGAUGAAAAAAGUAACGACUUAAGUGUUUGUUCUGCUGUUACAAUCACAACUACAUCGGCGCCAACGUCAGUAUCCAAUAUUAUUAAAACAAAACCCUCAACAGCAGUUACAGUGGCAUCAACAAUUAAAGCACAAAAGUCUACUGCAACCAAACUGAAGCAGUCGGCGAAUCUGCAAUCAAUAAAGAAAGCAGCCAACAAUAACAACGCUAGCAUCAAAAGCAAUAACAGUAGUUUAAAGUUGGCAGCAGUAGCAGCGGCUGCUAGCACAUCUGGGGCAUCUACAAACAUCUCCAUCAACAACAAAUACACUGUAAAAAAGUUGCCGAGGAAUGCAACGAAGCAAGGUGGUGGUACCAAUAAAGAUUUGACGACCAACACCAUCAGCACUGACAGUGGCAGAGAAAGCAAAACUAUUGAAGCCAGCUUCAAAAAAACGGCUAACAACAAUAAUAACAGUAAAAUUACUAUAAAGAAAUUAAUUGAAAACAACCAUACUAAUAUUUCUGGUUCCACAGUUCCCGCAGCAGCCGCUGCAUCUAAUGGCAAUAGCAGCAACAACACCAAUAACACCAACAGUAAAAUGUCCAAAAUCGCCGCGUCCAAAGUUGCCGCCUCCAGUACCAACAAUAACGUAAGUGCGGUAACAGCGGUAGAUUGCGCUAGUGGUACAACGACAACUCCAGCAUCAACCGUUACGAGUACGGGAGUUGGUACAGAUGGCGAUCAAGGAUCCAACAAUAACGCCGUCACAUCUACUCCUAUUCCUGCAAUAGUUUCGAACGCACCUGCCAAUACAACGUCUUUAAACCCAGCCAGUGGCGGUGGCAACGGCAAAACAUUGGGAUCAACAAACAAGAAAUCUUCAACCAAUGCUUCUACCGUCGCCGUGGCCGCAACUGCUUCUGCAAAAGCAAAAAUUUACCAAAUAAAAACAAAUCCGCUGUCACUAUUAGUGAGCUCCUCACAGAAUGCCACAGUUCCCGCAAAAACAAAUGGCGGUGGCGGCAGCAGCGGUAAUAACAGCAAUAAUAAUACCGGGGCAACGUCACGCGUUGGAGCAGUUGCUGCAAUUAAGCAAAAGCUGAAAGCUUCCUCUGCGGAUGCUGCAGCUGCUGUUGGUAUACCCACCGCUAUAGCCGCCAAUUCUCGAUCCGCCUCAUCGUCAACAUCGUCCAAUCUAUCGUUGGCCUCGUCUGGCACUAGACAGAAACGACCCAGCGAAAACUCGGAUACAGACACGGAGAUAUCCCGUCAACCACCAGAUCUUUCCGAAUCCGAUGAGGAAUCGGUUUCAGAAUCCGAUGACAUUCCCGAGUCUGACGCUGAUAGUUGUGGACACGAAGAGGAUAACGAGUCUGAGGAGGACAACGAGGAUGAAGAAGAUGAUGAGGAGGAGAUCGAUGAUGAAGAUGAGGAAGAUGAGGAUCCGCCAAAUGAAGUGAGUGGCAAUUUCUCAGUCGGCUCCGAAGAGGAAGAGGAGGAUGAAGACGAGGAGAUUCAGGAUCCAAAUGAAGUGAGCGGAAAUUUCUUACUUGACGCCAACAAUGAUCGCUGCGCAUCUCUCUUCGAGGAUGAGAAGCCACCCGUGUUACGCCAUGUCACCCACGCGAUCGAUGAGACUAAACAGGCUCUAACGAAAAUGCGUGGCGCUACCACCCCUCGUGACAAAACCAUCUUCUCUCAAACCCUUAUUGCUGCCUGCACUGACAACGAUGUGCCGACGGUUCGUCGUUUGCUUAGCAAAAGCAAUGUGAACAUAAGCGAAUCCACCGAUGAUGGCGAAUCAUUACUGUCGAUGGCUUGCUCAGCUGGCUAUUACGAGUUGGCGCAGGUGCUAUUGGCCAUGCAAGCUGCGCAAGUGGAAGACAAGGGCCAAAAGGAUUGCACACCUCUGAUGGAAGCUGCCUCUGCCGGUCAUUUGGAAAUUGUCAAACUAUUGCUGAGUCACAAUGCCGAUGUGAAUGCCCAUUGUGCCACUGGAAACACGCCCUUGAUGUUUGCUUGUGCGGGUGGCCAUGUUGAAGUGGUUAAGGAGCUGCUAAAGCAUGGCGCCAACGUUGAGGAACAAAACGAAAAUGGGCAUACACCAUUAAUGGAAGCCGCUUCAGCUGGUCAUGUUGAGGUCGCUAAGGUUCUUUUGGAUCAUGGUGCCGGUAUAAACACCCAUUCAAAUGAAUUCAAGGAGAGCGCCUUAACGUUGGCCUGUUACAAAGGUCACCUCAGUAUGGUUCGUUUCCUAUUACAAGCCGGCGCCGACCAAGAGCACAAGACCGACGAAAUGCACACCGCUUUAAUGGAGGCAUCCAUGGACGGUCAUGUUGAAGUCGCGCGCUUGUUGUUAGACUCAGGUGCCCAAGUGAAUAUGCCAACCGAUUCAUUUGAGUCGCCACUUACUUUAGCAGCAUGUGGGGGGCACGUAGAAUUGGCCACUCUCUUAAUUGAACGGGGCGCUAACAUCGAGGAAGUAAAUGACGAGGGCUAUACGCCACUUAUGGAGGCUGCACGUGAAGGUCACGAGGAAAUGGUUGCACUCCUGUUAAGUAAGGGUGCAGAUAUUAAUGCGACUACUGAGGAGACUCAGGAAACCGCGCUUACCCUAGCUUGUUGUGGUGGUUUUAGUGAAGUUGCGGAGUUCCUUAUAAAGGAGGGAGCCAAUUUAGAGCUUGGCGCGUCCACGCCGCUUAUGGAAGCUGCCCAAGAAGGCCAUACGGAUUUGGUGCGCUUCCUGCUGCAGAAUAAGGCUAAUGUUCACGCGGUGACGCAAACUGGUGACACGGCUCUAACACAUGCUUGUGAAAACGGUCACACAGACGCGGCUGAAGUGCUGCUCAGCUAUGGGGCAGAAUUAGAACAUGAAUCCGAAGGCGGGCGGACGCCACUUAUGAAGGCUUGCCGCGCCGGUCAUUUAUGUACUGUUAAAUUCCUCAUACAAAAGGGCGCCGAUGUGAAUAAGCCGAGCAGCAGCAACGAUCAUACACCGCUUUCUUUAGCCUGUGCAGGCGGACAUCAGGCAGUGGUCGAGCUAUUGCUUAAGAGUGGCGCAGAUCCUUUCCACAAGUUGAAGGACAAUAGCACUAUGCUGAUUGAGGCGGCCAAAGGCGGUCAUACGCGCGUUGUCGAACUACUUUUCAAAUAUCCGCUAUUCGUACAAAAUCAUCAGAACGAACUACAGUCGGCUGCGGCCGCAGCAGCUGCUGCUGCUAAUGCUGCAACUGCAGCGGGGCCUGCGGUAAUCAAUAACACUGCAACCACUGGUCAACUGCGGUUCAUAAAUCCGCAACAACAGAAACAAUUCCAGCAACAGUUGCAACAGCUAAGUGCCCCGCCCGGUUUGCAGGUAUCUGAAGCAAUGCGGGUCUCCAACCAGCAGCAGCAAUUCCAUCAGCAACAAUUCAGCGCAAAUACCUUGCCGAACACCAACGGUACGACCGCCAACAAUAUUGUAGUGAACACGACAGCUGCCGCAUAUACCGAAGAACAUUUGCCAUUGACUUCGACUACGGAUGCGAAUGGCGAGGAGUUUGCUGCCAUCGACAUCAAUUCGCUUAGCGCACAACAACAGGAAGCAUUAAUUGCAAAAUCGCGCCUUUUCCACUUGCAAACUGGUUUCGAGCAGGGUCUUACAUUGGGCCGCGAACAGCAAUCAAUUACACAGACACAACAACAGCAACAGCAGCAACCUCCUUUGCCUGCACACAACAACAAUAAUAAUGCUCAACGCAAGCAUUUCGAAUUGGAUAUGACGCACAUAAACGCAUUAACACCACCCCAGAAAGCGCCACCUGCUCCACCUGUGGGUGGUGUUGGUGCAGCACAAACCCAUCAACAGCAGCAAUUUCAGUUACAGCCACAGCUGCAGCAGAACUCCGUACAGCCCCCCAUGAAGACGAAGAGCGGCAAUGCAUCGCGAAAGAACCGACAGCCACCAGCGCCUUUCGAGCUCAACUUACCGACAACCAAUUUGGGCAAUUUAACACUUGAACAACAACAGCAGUUUGAGCAAAUGCAACAACAAGAACAGCAGCAACAACCAGACGAGGUACGCUCCCAACCGCUGGGUGACGACGGUAGUGGCUCACUUGUAGCAAAUGCAGGAGAAGCAGACGUACAACAACAAAAUCGUUGUUUCAUGCGUCGUUGUUUUUUCAAGCCCGAAUUCCAAAAGAUUGGCAAUGAGAAUAAGUCGGGCGGUGCAGUGAGCGAUUUAUCACCAGUUAGCUAUAUGGAUUUGAGUGGAGUCGAGGGCGUUGAAACAAUGGCCGCCAAUGCCGUUUCAGGUGUCACUACUUUGGGCGAUAAUGAGAUGACUUCGAUUUUCCUUACCGGCAACACAGCCAGCGGGGGCCAAUCCCAACAAAUGCUAAACAUGCCAUCGGAUAAUAUGAUGAUUGAGUUAUUAGAUGCGAGUGCUGUCGCCGAUGCAGCUGCGGAGUUGCGUCAACAGCAGCAGGAUCAAACUAAAUCUAUGUUAAACACACAGCAAUACAGUAAUAGUGGUGUAGCAGCGGCCGCUUUGGAGGCAAUGUCUGCAGUAAAUAAUCUACAAAACAAUCGUAACUUCAACAAUAAAGGCAAUAACAAUAAUUUUAACCAAAAGAGUACUCAAAUUACAACACCAUCAGAAGUGUCGCAGAGCACAGCCAUUAGCGAUCGACCAAAAGCCAAACCGGUAUCGAAGAAGGACAACAAAAACUUCCGUAAAACAGUUUUUCCACAAUCGCCUGUACUGCAACAUAAUCAAAUGGUAUCCAUUUACAAUAAAUUGCCAUUAUUGCUCACAAACGAAAUCAAGCCGAGCCUGCAGACGAAGCAGGUUAUCAUGACGCAAAUGGCGUUUGCUGCGCAACAACAGCAGCAACAACUCUCAAGCAGCUUAGAUAUGAGUGGCAGCGGAGACACCUCGAUUGCACUUAACAACUCUCCGGCAUCGCCUUUGGCAUCACCUUCUAAUGCAGCUGGAACGUUUUUGCAACAACACAUACCAUCAAUAGGCGACGAUAAUCACCACCAACAACAACAACAGCAGCAGCAAGAGGUAACUUCCACCAUUUUGCAGGCUUUUCAAGCAAUGCAAUCGCGUAAUGUUGGUGACGAAGCAGCAGCAGCGGCGCUAGCAACCGUAUGUGGAAUGAGUGCCGCCGAGCAGCAAGAGUAUUUGAAGGAGCGCUACCAGUUGUACGAUAUGCCGCGCUUCUUCGACGAUCAACCCAAGUCACCAACGGAAACUCCGCCACCACCAUUGCCAGACAAACAACAGCAGCAAGAAAUCUACAGUGAAGAUGGCAUCGCAGUGCUGGACGAGGAAGUGGAACUGGAUGGCGAACCAGACGCCGAAGGAGUAACAGAAAUGAAGAAUCUAGCUACGUUGGUCACUGCUGCAGCAGCUGCCGCACCCAACAUGUUACUCGAACAUGUUUCAAUGAGUAUUGAGGCGCCUAAUGGCGACGAAAAUGCAUUGCAACUCGAUGAAUAUGGAGAAGUGGAGGAAGAUGAUGAUGCAAACAUUGAGGCUGAUCAGUCCGCUGUGACGCUUGAUAUGCUGGAGGGUCACGGUUAUGAAGAAGGAGAAGCCGAUGGCGAGUGUGAAGGUGAACGAGAUGGCGAGGGCGAUGGUGAGGGUGAUGACAUUGAAGAGGUGCUCGAGGAUGAUGAUGAAGAAGAUGGCGAAGACGAAGAAUUAGACGGUGAUGUGGAGGGAAAUUGUGAAGAUGAUAUCGAUGUGAGCGCCAUGGUACAGGAUGAUGAGGCCAUCGCAAUGAGACAGCAUAUAAUUGGCUGUGCAGAAGAUGACGAAGACGAUGACGAAGAUGAUGAAGACGACGAGGACGACGAUGACAUGGCAUUAAGCAAUGCGAAACGCGCAAAGAGUGCACAUCGUCAACCACAGGCUCUUGAGAAUUUGAUACUAUCGAAUGUCGCUUACAAAACUGAUGAAUUGUCGCAGGCUUUAUGUGAUUUCCGCCAAGACUUUCCAACCGAUUUGGUGCAUGUUUUUCCGCCUAUUGCAAAUUUCAAAACAGCAUCGGGAAGCGCCGCAUUCAGCACUUUGCAGCAAUGUACUGCAGCUGCUGCCGCCGCUGCGGCAGAUGUGGCAAAUGCCGCAGCCGCAGCAGCAGAUAUUGCCAAUGCCGUCAAGGUGGUGAGUCAUGAUGUUGAUGGAUCAACCGGUGUCAUUAGCGCUGCAGGCAUGUAUCCAGCGCUGGAAUCGUUCGACAAUUUUGCUGCGGAUAUACCAGGAGAUAUGGAUGAUAUAUUGCAGUUAUUCCAAAAUGAUCCAUCAUUGCAGGAGCUGCAUAAUUGUGCCGAACUGGGCGACCUGAAUUCGAUUUGCAAGAACCGCUUUAGCAGCAACUGGGUGCCGACGCCGAAGUGGACCAGCCAGGAUCACUUGAUGGCGACGCAUCAGCAAGCGCUGCUCUCGGUCGAAGACCAACAGCAGCAGCAACAACGCCAGGCAACUAAUCAAAUGCUCCUCGAAUAUCAACAUGAGCUGCAAAUGGGGGAACAAAUGCAGCACCAACACCACCAGACAUUUUCGUUUUUGCCACUUCCGUCAGAUGAUGCAGCCGCAGCCGCUGCUGCGGCGCAACAUCAACAAAUGCAACAGCCACUGCCACAUCAAGGUGAUUUCCUACUACAGCAGCAUCAACAAAUGCAACAACACCAACAACUUAUACUCCAAGAGGAUGAGGAGGAGGUGAAGCACCGUCAGUUGCACAUGAUUCAGCAAUUGCAGCAGGACCGACAAUCAAGUGAGCGCUUGCGGAAAGCAUUGGCUGCCUGCGCCGCCCAGCAACACCAACAGCCACAACAAAAGCACCAGCAACAGCAACAACAGCAGCAGCAGCAGCAGCAGCAACACCAGCAACAAGCAGCAGCCGCCGCUGCCAAUUAUGUCUUCAAUGUGGAGAGUGGUGACAAAUCGGCACAGUCGCUGCAGCUGCUAUUCCAGCUACCACCGUCGGUACAACAUCAGCACCAACAACAGCAACAACAAGAUGUGCACGAUGCUGCACAGCAACUACAACACCUGCAGCUGCAAGAGUUGCCGGAGAAUCAGAAGCAACAGCUAUUGCAUGAUUUCUCGCAGCAGGCUGAGAGUCUAAUGCAGCAACAACAACAACAACAACAGCAGCAGCAGCAAGCUACAACGCUCGAUCAGGUGGCGCAAAGUAAUCUUUUGUUGCAGCAGCAUGCGUUGCAUCAGCAGGUACUCAAACAGAAGCACCAUCUGCAACAGCAGCAAUUGCUUUUGCAACAGCAGCAACAGCAGCUGCAGCAGCAACAGCAACAGCAACAACAACAGGUUCAAGUUGCCACCCAAACGCAACCACCGGUCUCUGCUCCCUAUAGCAGCGCGGCGACAGUUGCUGCACGCGGCUCCACACAAUUCCAUGCGACCAUCUCACCCCUAGCGUCAGAUGUUGGACUUGGUGUGUGCGCACUUUCAACGCAACAACAACAAAUGGCAGCCGCUGCUGCCGCUGCAGCACAACAACUACCAGCACCGCCUAUGAUAACAUCAUCGAAAAUAUCUGGUGGCAUUGCAAAGAAAGCCAUCGAUAAGCAGUCGCGUAAGGAGCGUAAUCGUUAUGCAGCGCUGCGUCAAACGCCAGCAGGCAGUCAAGCUAACACCACAAAUCAGCAACAAUACCAACAAACUGUUGCUACUACCACACUCGACAAGACUAUCGAUGUCGACUCGGAGACAGAUUCAAAUCACGACACCGCGCUUACAUUGGCUUGUGCCGGUGGCCACGAGGAACUCGUUCAACUCUUACUCAAUCGCAAUGCAAACAUUGAGCAUCGAGACAAAAAAGGCUUUACACCCUUAAUACUGGCCGCAACGGCUGGCCAUGAGAAGGUCGUGGAGAUACUGCUAAAACAUGGCGCCGAACUGGAGGCACAAUCAGAACGAACCAAGGAUACGCCACUUUCGUUGGCUUGCUCUGGCGGUCGUUACGAAGUGGUGGAGCUUUUGCUAAAACACAACGCCAACAAAGAGCAUCGGAACGUUUCCGACUAUACGCCACUCAGUUUGGCAGCCAGUGGUGGUUAUGUGAAUAUUAUAAAAUUACUAUUGAACCAUGGCGCAGAAAUUAACUCACGCACCGGUAGCAAAUUGGGUAUUUCGCCCUUAAUGUUGGCCGCCAUGAAUGGGCAUACAGCCGCCGUUAAGUUGCUACUCGACCAGGGUUCCGAUAUAAAUGCGCAAAUCGAAACGAACCGCAAUACCGCAUUAACGCUCGCAUGUUUCCAAGGUAGACACGAAGUGGUGAGUUUGUUGUUGGACCGCAAGGCAAAUGUUGAACACCGCGCUAAAACGGGCCUCACACCACUCAUGGAGGCAGCCUCCGGUGGAUACAUUGACGUAGGACGUGUGCUGUUGGACAAGGGCGCCGAUGUGAACGCGGCUCCAGUACCGACAUCACGCGAUACAGCACUUACUAUUGCAGCUGAUAAGGGUCAUCUAAAGUUUGUGGAGUUGCUGCUGUCACGUGGAGCGGCCGUCGAAGUAAAGAAUAAAAAGGGCAAUUCACCACUCUGGCUAGCGGCACAUGGUGGCCACUUGAGUGUUGUUGAGAUAUUGUAUAACCAUCAUGCAGACAUUGAUUCGCAAGAUAAUCGUCGUGUGUCGUGUCUUAUGGCUGCUUUCCGCAAGGGCCACACCAAAGUGGUUAAAUGGAUGGUGCAGUAUGUGACACAAUUCCCUUCCGAUCAGGAGAUGAGUCGCUUCAUUAGCACCAUCAGCGAUAAGGAACUGUCGGAGAAAUGUUUUGAUUGUAUGAAGUUCAUACGCGCCGCUAAGGAGGCACAGGCCGUGAAAGCCAACCAAAACGCUUCCAUACUACUGAAAGAGCUUGAUAAUGAGCGAACGCGCGAAGAGAGUCGCAGAGCGGCUGCCGCGCGUCGUCGUGAGCGCAAGAAGAAGAAGAAGCUGGAAAAGAAGGAAGAAAAGCGCCGACAAAUGGAGGGAGGCAACGGCAGUCAAAUGUCGGGAUCAAACGCCGACGCCGACGAAAAGGACUCUGAUCAAGAUGAUGACAGUGAUCAUGAAGAGAAUGCGCUUGAGGAUGAGGACGAUACUCCAAACGCGCAGAACUACCGCGAAGAAGGUGACUCCGGUAUAGACCAAGGCUCUUGUUCGAGCACAGAAAUAAAGACGGUUAUUGUGGGCAGCAGUGCUGCCAGCGUCAAUAGCAGUGCCCAACAACGUGAAGCCGAUAGAAAUGGAAAGACAAGCAAGAAUAAGAAAAAGCAAAAGAGUGCAUCACAACAGCUACAACAACGUAAUACCAGCAAUGAUAGCAACAGCGCACAGCAGGCUAAUGCAGCAGUAGCAGCAGCGACUGUCGUGGUCGAAGAGCUCCCAGCGCAGCCAAGUAGAAGCGCGGCCAAGCAGCCCGCUUCUGCCAGAAAGCAACAGGACAGAGAGCAAGAGCAGGCGCCAGUGAAAGGGAUUAACGUCGGUUCGAAGAAGAGCGCCGCAAAUACCGCCGAAACAAAUACGCAGGGCGCCGCAAAGUCUGGUGCCGCACCUGUAGCAACCAAAAAGACCGAUGCGCAGCAGAAUACCGUGCGCAAAGAUGAGGCGAACAAGAAACGCGACAGCACCAAGCAACGCGAGAAGGAAAACCUUGCACCGAAAGAGACACAGCCCAGCAACACACGCCAAUCGCAGCGGGAUCGUGAGCGUGACCGCGACCGCGAACGCGAACAACACCACAGCCAGCACGUCGCCAUAGAGAGAGCAAAAGUCGACAAAGACAAGUUGCACGAUUCAAAUAGCUAUGGAUCACAUAGCGCCGCUGGCGGGGGAGUUGGUGCCGGAAACAGCAACCUAUCGACGCGAAAAUCACUCAUUUUCUCUGCCACACGCAACAUUGCUGGUGGCGCUGCUGCAGCAAGUGACGACAUCAAGGGCGGUAAGCACGACGACCACACCGCCGCACCGGGCGCAGUGCAACAUAAAUCCACUCCGCCAAAACGCGGCGAAGACGGCUGGAAGGAAGUGGUACGUAAGAGCUCCACUCAGCAAAGCAGCGCUGCUUCAUCCACUACAAGUGCCACGACCAAUUCUUCAGCCACAACGGCAAGCGCAGCCGGCAUAGCAUCCAUCAGCGCCGUGGUUAGCGCCCCUGGUGCCACACCAACAACAGCACCUGCAGCUGCCACUGAAAUGACUUGCAAGAAGGUACAAGUGCCGGUCAAUGCUAUCUCGCGUGUGAUCGGCCGCGCAGGCAGCAACAUAAAUGCAAUACGCGCCACCACUGGCGCUCACAUUGAGGUGGAGAAGCAGGGCAAAAACCAGUCCGAGCGCAGCAUUACCAUUAAAGGACAAACUGAUGCCACGAAGCAGGCACACAUGCUUAUCCUGGCACUCAUCAAGGACCCAGACGUAGAUAUACUGCAGAUGCUGCCACGCAUCAACACCAGCAUAAAAGCAUCUUCGUUGCCACUCAGUGUCGGCACUUGGGACAACAAGACCGCAACCGCAGCACAGUCAUCGGCAGCAUCUACGGCUUCGUCAACAUCUUCAUCGGCAUCAACAACUGGCGCACACGUUGGUAGCAAUACAGCUGGCGGCGGGGGCAGUUUACAGUCGGCCAAUAGUGGUGCCGGCAGCGGUAGUGUUGGAGGUGGUGCCCCCGGUGGGCCCAAGGGAGCCGGUGUCGGCAGCGGAGGAAAAGGUGGCAAAUCGCAGUCUAGCGGCGGUACCGGUAAAUCGAGUUCCGCGCGUUCACAGAAUGCCAAAUCAUCGUUCCACUCACAGCAACAGCAAGCGGGCAGUCGUGGCAGUCAGUCUUUAAUCGGCACGCAGAAGGCUAAAUCUCAAGAUAUAACGAGUGCAACGGGUGCAAACAAAUCUACAGGCUCAAGCCACGGCAGUAGCGGCGGUUCAGUUCAUGCUCAAAAGGGUAAUAUUGCCGCUAAGCAACAGCAGCACCCUAGCGGUGGCGAACGCAGCAGUAACACCGUUGUUAACACACAAACUUUCGCCGCCAAACUAAGCGGCACUGUCACCACAGGUGGCGCAGCAUCUGCGCACAUUUCACACAAUUCGCCGUCAAAGAAAGUUGGCGACGGCAGCAAUGCCGGGCGCAUUGGCGCAAGUGCGCCCUAUGGCCGUGGUAAGCCCAUGCCCAGUAGCUCCAACUCUGUGCCUCAACUUGGAGCAGGUGCUGGUAAUAGCAAUAAUGCGCUCUCUGGCCCCAUCGGAGUUUUCAAUCCAGCCGAGGUAGCCGCAGUGAACGCUGCAGCAGCCGCAGCAGCUGCCGCGGCCGCCGCUGCCACAGUUUCUGCUACAAACACGGUCGUAUCAAACGCAACCAGCAUAACUACGACAACAGCACCAACAAUGACCACAGGCACAACCAGCACAGCAACAACAACAUCGACAACUGUAUUCGCAGCUGCACCCGGCACGCGUGCCGUCACUCCAAUAGGACCGCCUAACAAGCGAAACGUUGGCUCACCGCUGCCAGCAGUAACGGCAACAUCGGCAUUGCAGUCGAAUCAACAGCCCACACAAAUGCAGCAGCAAGCCCAGAAACAGCCACAAGCUCAAUUGCAACAACUAGCUGCGGCUGCGGCAUUACAAGCGCCAAUGGGUUCUGCACCGGAUAUGCAGCAGCAUCUUGUUAUCAAUUGUGCCGAGCCAACAGCAACGAGCUCUGAUAAUGCCAACCACGCGGGAAUGAACAACGCCACAGGUGGCGGCGGAGGUUUUGGAGCACAGCUCGCUUCUAAAAUUAGUAACGAAUAUACGCUCUUCUUCAACUACCAAUCUCAAUGGGGCGACAACAACGUCCAAAUGUACAAUUCACCAUCAGCGCUGGUCAGUGAGCCGCUGCCUAAAGCAGACGCAUCUAAGGCGCCCGGCUAUAAUCGCAAUAUUCUGAAUUCGCCAGUAGGCGGGAGUUCGAAAGCUUCCUCGAGCCACUCUACUUCACCGCCAGGUAGCAAUGUGAUGCCUGCGCCAAUAGGCAGUCACCAGCCACCUGUUGGCAGUACGGGCAAUGCAGCCCCACCUCCAUCGAGCCACAGCAUGCAUGCUACCAGCAUGUCAGGCGGUACUUCAACAACUGGCUCUUCUCCAGGUAUGAAUACUGCAACCACGGUGGCGUCAAGUGGCGAAAAUACCACAAUUACCACAACAAAUAUUGCCGAUCGAGUUGAUAUGGGUAUCAGUUUGGGCGGUGGCGCUAGUACCGCCGCUAAAGAUUUACAGAUACCUUCUCAAGGCAACAGCGGUGAGGCGCACAUUUCUCCAGGAGUUAUCAAGCCGCCUGCGCCUAUUGGUCAACCGCCGUCAGCAAACACCUCAAUGGGAUCAAACAAUGCCGCUCCAUCAAAUAUACCCGCAAGUGGCUUGGCAAUACAACGCCCGCCACCAAAUACUAACCAGCAGCAUAGAUCCAGCGGCAUCAAUGCCUCUCAUACACCACCUUCGGCUAAUGUCGGCACACUCGAUGGCAGCGCAGCUAGCACGCAACCACCUACUAUGAAUUUCGGCCCCAUCGGUCCCAAUCACUCGACGCGUAACAACAACAAUGGUCCACCCGGAGCCAUUGGGGAGCAACCAUUGAAUCGAUUCUUUGAACCCCUGGGUGUUAGUGGCAAUGCUGGCAUGGGGCAUCAUGUGAAAAUGCCGCCACCUUAUGGCAUGCAAAUGCAUGGCGGCGUGGGUGGUGCCGGUGGCAACGGCAGUCAUCCACUAUCACGGCUUAAUAUGCGCAACUCUUCUUUCGGCGGUCCGGGCGGCAAUAUAGGAUCGAUGCCGCAACCACCCAUCGGCCAGCCACCACAACAGCAACCCUUGUUGGGCAGUGGUAUAUUCCACCAACAGCACCAGCAAGCACCGCCUCCACAGACAAACCCAAAUUUCCCCACAGGCAAGUCAUUGGCGCCAGGUUCAAAUUUGGCGCCCGGUGCGCGUGCUCAGUCGCAGCCACAAAAUGGACCACAGGCGCCGAACUCCGCAGCGCAGCGUUGGUAUGGCGGCUAUAUGGACGUGUUGAAUUUGGAAAAUGGUGGACUUGGUGCUGCAGGUAACAAUUCUCCGGCUGCAAUGUCACCCAGCCAAGUAGCUGUUGGCGGCAAUUUGCUGCAACAGCAUGUCGCCGCACAACAGCAACAACAGGAGGACAUGCGUAAAAUGCCUCGCCCCAUUGGCACUGAACGCGCUUCGUGGAAAUGCAACAAUUAUCCAAUGAAUCUGGGCGGCGGCGGGGGCAUGCCGGGUCCCGGCUUGGACGAGGGCAUGGGCUCUGGCAUGCAUGCAGGUGUUGCAGGUCUGAUGCACGGACCGUGGAUGAUGGACAAGCCACCACAAGCAGCACCGCCACAGCAACCGCAACAGCAUUCGAAUUGGAUGAAACAACAGUAUCGUUUUUACGGUGGCGGCGCAGCCGGUGGUGGGCUAGGCGGCAUGGGUGGACCGGCAGGCGGUCCCACCGACUAUCAUCAUCAAGAUCAAUUUCAUAUGCCGCUGGACUAUCACAGCUCGAUGGCACCACCACACAAUCUGCAGCAGAAUACAGCCAUGAACCUAAUGCCACCCUAUGGGUAUCAGUACCUGGGUCAGGGCGCUGACAUGCCGCAUGUGAUGUCGGACAAACUCGAAAUGUGGGACCACGAUAAGCAGAUGUGGCACAAUUGGGCAAACUGAUGUUUUAAUGAGCAGCAGCAGCAGCUACCACUACACCAGCAGCAGAAGCAGCAACAACAAAAGCCAAUGCAGGAAGGUGUAAAAUUGUCAUCAAAAGUUUUAAAAUGAAUUUUGAAUAAAAUAUGAUUGGAGAGUUCGUAAGCAGCGAAAACAACUAAACGGAGAAAAGGAGGAAAAAGGAAAACAAACGAAAGUUCAUAUAACUACUAAAUGCUACUUUUACAACAUAUACACAUACACAUAAGAUACACGCACUCAACAAACAAAAAAAAAAACAAUUACCCAUAUAUACAUACAUACUUAGCUACCCUACGCGUAUAUACGUAUAUAUCUUUGGAUUAAGCUGAAAAGCAGUGAAUGAAUAUGAAUAUUAAAUGAAAAAUACAUAUUAAUUAUUAUUAAAAAAGAAAAGCAUAUACCAACAACAACAACAACUGACAGAAUUCAAUUACUUUAACAUAAAUCCGUUAGCAAAAGAAAGCGACGAAAAAAAACGAUUUAAUCAACUAUUUUCUUUUAUCGCUCAUUUGUGCUCAAAAGCGGAGUAAAGAAAGUGAAGCGUACGAUAUAACGAAACUGAACAACAAGCAAAAGCAAGGCAAUGAAUACUACGUACAUAUAAACAUAACGCGAAAUGCAACGCGCUCAAUAUUUACGAAGUCGUCUACUUCGUUUUACUAAACAUUGUAUUGGCGCAUAUGAAGAAGGUCAAAAAUGUUUAUGCGACACUACUAUGUCCCCCAUAUACAGUCAUACAAUAAUUACAUACAUAUAUUCUUCGUGUUGCAUGUAAAUGAGCCACGGCGCCUUGAAUGCUGCGCAUACAUGGCAAAUUUACAAUCGGUUUGCACUUGUAAAAUUUUGAUUUUUUUUUUUUUUUAUUAGAUUUUAGUUACUUUGCCUAUAUACUACAUACAUAUAUUAUAAACUACAUACAUAUAUUAUCUAUUAUUUGAACUAUAUAUUUGUAUGCAUGAAAUAAUGAAAUUCAUAUAGAAAAUAACAAAGCAAGUAAGCAGAAAAAGUGAAAAUUACAACAAAAAAAAAACACAUCUAUUGUAUCGUUUGGGAUUAUUUUUGGUUACAACGCAAGUAAUAUUUUGAUUUGCAAGGGCUUGGGUUAAUUUAUUUUCAGCUGGCGCUUUUAUAUUAUAUUGUUAAUCCUACAUAUAAUAGGGCGCAACCUACUUGCUUAACAAGAGGAUUGUUGGGAGAGCACAAUGGCCAUCCAACGAUUUCGGAAUAGUGCUCAGCGGA